UACAGCAACAACGCGGGCCAUGACUGUUAUUUGAUGUGAACAGACGGACGAGUGAACGUCGUCGUUAUCGUCGCUCGAACAGAAACAAAAGAACAGAACAAAAACGAAAAGAAAAUUCUUAAGUUAUUUGAAAAACUGAAAGAUAACCAUAAAGUUAAAAAUAAUCGAAAGAAAGUGCUUAACGAAAAUUCAAAAUUCCAAGGUCGUGAAAACAUUAAAAAAAUCAAUUUCAAAAUGAAAUUUUUCCUUCUACCCCUGCUGCUGCUGGGCAUAAGCUUUUCAUGUGAGGCCCAAUACAUUCCUAGUGGUUAUUAUGGCCCGGUGUCAAAUUAUUUGGUAGCCGAUACUCAAUCGAAUGGAUACUCAUACCCUCCUCCAGAUGUGCCCUUUACUCUACCCCAGAAACCGGGCUAUUCUUAUCCAGUGCCGAAAAUUCCCUUUGAAAUAACAUCUAAACCAACUCCUCCUCAACCUACCAAGGGUUACUCCUACCCCACUCCAGCUGUGAAAUUUGUAUUGCCAACCAAAUCAACAAAGAGACCAACUCAACCACCCCAACCAUCUAAGGGUUACUCAUACCCCACACCAUCUGUGCCAUUUACUCUACCCACCAAAGCUACGCAGAGAUCAACCCAACCACCCCAACCUACCAAGGGUUAUUCCUACCCCACACCAGAUGUGCCCUUUACUUUACCCCCCAAAACCACUCUGAGACCAACCCAACCACCCCAACCUACCAAGGGUUAUUCCUACCCCACACCAGAUGUGCCCUUUACUUUACCCCCCAAAACCACUCAGAGACCAACUCAACCACCCCAACCAUCCAAGGGUUAUUCCUACCCCACACCAGAUGUGCCCUUUACUUUACCCCCCAAAACCACUCAGAGACCAACCCAACCACCCCAACGUACCAAGGGUUAUACCUACCCCACACCAGCUGUGACCUUUACUCUACCCACCAAAACUACGCAGAGACCAACCCAACCACCCCAACGUACCAAGGGUUAUACCCCCCACACCAGCUGUGACCUUUACUCUACCCACCAAAACUACGCAGAGACCAACCCAACCAACAAGGGUUAUACCUACCCCACACCAGCUGUGACCUUUACUCUACCCACCAAAACUACGCAGAGACCAACCCAACCAAACAAGGGUUAUACCUACCCCACACCAUCUGUGCCCUUAACUCUACCCACCAAAACUACGCAAAGACCAACCCAACCACCCCAACGUACGAAGGGUUAUUCCUACCCCACACCAUCUGUGCCCUUUACUUUACCCCCCAAAACCACGCAGAAACCAACCCAACCACCCCAACCUAGCAAGGGUUAUACCUACCCCACACCAUCUGUGCCCUUUACUCUACCCACCAAAACUACGAAGCGACCAUCUCAACCACCCCAACCAACUAAGGGUUAUUCCUAUCCCACACCAUCUGUGCCCUUUACUCUACCCACCAAAACUACGCAGAGACCAACCCAACCACCCCAACGUACCAAGGGCUAUACCUACCCCACACCAGCUGUGCCCUUUACUCUACCCACUAAAACUACGCACAGACCAACCCAACCACCCCAACCAAAUAAGGGCUACACCUACCCCACACCUGCAAACAAGUUGGUAUUGCCAACACAAAAACCACAAGGUUAUUCAUAUCCCCGUCCCGCCAUUCCCUUCAACUUCUAAGACCACUGCCACCAGAGCAAACCGAUCAGGACCACAUCAAAAAUUGUGAUUAUAUAGCCAGAUAAUUUGGAUGCUCGAAUUAUAGGCUAUUUUAUAUAAUUUCAUAUUUAGUUUUAGGUUUGUUAUUUGUUUGCCCCUCCAGCCGUUAGUGUUGUACAAUUAACGGGUAACCGUUUUAGACUGUGCUCCAGCAUUGACAAGAUGCACAUGUUCGCUCGACGUACAUUAAACGAAUAAAGAGAAUAGUCAUUAACUAUAAAUAAAGUAAUAAAUUAAACAAACUAUUUCGCUAUGUACUUAGUUAGAGAUAAAUGUUGUAAGUUUGAGUUCGAUGUGUUCUUAGAAUGUUAACGACGAAUGACAGAAUUGAAUAAUUUCAUUGUAACGUAAGAUUAGUUCCUAAGACGAAAACGAAUAAAUAUAAUUUUUUAUAAAUUAAA